GUGCAGUCUGUGCGUGCGUGACGUCAUUUUCGGUCCAGGCGUGGCUUGAGGCAGUUACUUAAAAACUGUGAGCGUGUGAGAGCGAGUGUGUUUUGUGAGAGGAGCGGCAAUGAGAUCGGACUCGCCCCAGAAACAUGACGGCUUCAAGUGGUCAACGUUGGCACCCUUGUCCAAUCCCCUCCGGAAGGCGGCCGCCGAGAAGAAGCCCCCCGGGAAAGCGGCGGGAGGACCCAAGCUGAACCUGAAGUUCCCCAAGGUGUGGGGCCCCAAAGCACCUCAAGUCAGGCGUAACAGCACCUCCACCACGGACAAACGGACGGAGCCCCAAGAUAUCCCUGACCUCACAGCGCAGCCGCCGCCAGCACCGCCGCCACCGGCGCUGACGUUUGAGCAGCAUCUUUCGGCGCUGCACCUGAGCGAGGCGGGCCGGCUGCUGCUGGCCCGAGAGGAGCGUCUUUUCGUGGGCGGCCCCGACGACAAGGCGCCCCCCCUCGAGGUGCCCUCGGGGGACGUGGACGCCCUGGCGGCCGACCGGCAAACUUUGGAGGAGGCGGUGCUGCAGACGCUCAGGGGCUCCCUGGACCAAAUGGACGCCGACGCGCUCAAGUCAGCCGUGACGUUUAUGCAGCAGGAGGACGAGUGCGACGAUGGGUGGGAGCAAUAUGGAGGCAUGGCGCCGCCCUGGAGGCUCAGGGGCUGGAGGCAGCUGCACGACGAGACGCUGCGCAGCCUGGUCGAGGAGCGCAUGGACGCCCCGCCCACGCCCUCGACGGAGCAGUCGUCCAUCCAGGCCGACGUGCACGGCAUGGGCCGGCGGCUGAGGCGCGACCUCCUGCUGGUGGCGGAGCGCGUCAAGCCGUGCUACCCGAGCCACCUCGCCAUUUGCCAGCUGUACGCCACCUGGUACCACCAUUGCAUCAGCAUCAGGCUCAGGAGGCUGGCCGACUUCGGGCUGGACGACCGGGACUGCACCUUCCUGCUGCGCUGGGUCAACGACUACUACCCACAGUUGCUUCAGGAACCUCAGCUGGCCGCCGACAUCGACGCCAAAGUCCUUCAAGAGCUCCUACCUGAAAAUCUCCUCUCACCUCUGGAGGAACAAUACCUCAGCCAUCAGCAGCGAGAGCUGACCACGUACGUCGGACGUAUCCUAGACCAGGCCCAGGAGGCCUGGACCAAAGGCGAGGAGCCGCCCAAGGAGGACGGAUGCUUCGUCAGUCCAACGGCCUAUGACGUCAUUCAGAUGGUCAACGGCAUCGUGAAUGCGGCGGCGAAGGUGGUGGGCGACCCGCACAAGGCUCAGAAUUUGACUCGUCAGCUGCAAGACUUGCUGCACAGGUUCAGGACGUUCCAGGCCCAAGUCAUCAAGCGCAACAAGGCCAACAGCGCGGCCUUCGUCAAAGCCAACCUCGGCUGUGUGGCGCAGUUCAGGCACUUCCUGAGCACGCAGAGCCGCCUGUUCCCGGAGGACGUGCGCGAAGGCUGCCUGAGCGUUCUGAGCGACAUGAAGCAAAGCGCGCACGACUACCUGCUCAAUCCCGUGCACAGGAACCUCAAGUUGUGCUACCGGAAGCUUUUCAGCCAAGAGUGGUUGAAGAAGUCGACGCUGGUGCUCCUGCUAUCCGGCCUGGAGGACGAAAUGCCUCAGCUUCAAGGUUCAUCCGAGUCCUGUCACCGGGAGCUGAUUGGCCAGCUGCACCAGGAAGUGUCGGUGGAGUACGCUCGCAGGCUUCUCAAGGGGGAACUCAGGCUGAAGGACAAACAGCAGCAGCAACAGGCCGCCGACAACGUGGAUGACGACGCGUGCGCUCUGCACGACUUCUUCGCCAGACACGGCUCCGAGGAGGCGUGGCUUCAGAAGGCUCUCAGCAUGAUGGCCGAAAUCCUGAAGCUCCAGGAUCUCCCUGCCAUCCAGUGCCAGGUGGCCUCGCUGGGAAGCGAUUUCCCCGACUUCAGCGAGAAGCAUGUGAUGUCUUUGCUCAAACUGAAGUGCAGCCUCACCAAGGAGGAUAGGAUGAAUAUACAGGCCGUCCUGGCGGAAAUUCCCAAGGACUGUGGACGAUCGCGACCUUUUUUCUCAUUUGUCCUGGUCAAAUAGCGAUGGUGCCAAAUAGUGAUCCUCCACGCUCCAAGCGCAAUGUGGUACCCGUUAUUCUGUGUGUGUGUGUGUGUGUGUGUGU